AUGUAUAAUUAAUUUAUUGAUGAGGAAGGUCAUGAGAGAUAAAUAUAAUAUUUGGUGGACUUAGGAUUCCCCGAAAGCAAAGCAAGAAGGGGAGUAGAAUAAUUUGGUUAUACAAUAACCCUAGAAGAUUUAAUUAACAGAAUCCUAGACAUGAGCGAUGACAAUUCAAAAAAAUCAAAUGGAAACAAAGUCAGUCUAAUUCAUUUUUCCGAUUCAAGCAGCGAAAAAAACUCACCUUUCAAUUAACCCUUACAACAAUCAUAAUCUUAAAAAUAAUGCCAGACUAAAUAGAAUCAAUAACCUCAGAAACAGAACAGUUCCCAAUUUUAACAACAAUAAAAAGUAUAGUAGCAAUACUAGCCCCAACAAUAGUUCUAACAAUAGAAUCAAUAUUAACAGUAGGUACAACAAUAAUCGUAGCCAUGUUCAUUCCAAAAUAUAUUAUAGUUCUAAUAACCAUGUGAACAUGAUGAAUUUCCAAAAUGUUAGGUGUGCUUUACAUAACCAAUAUAAUGGCUUCAUUUUGAAUGCAAACAUCAGUUCUGCUAACCAUGUGUAAUCAAGAAUAUAAAAGCCUCCAGAAUAAGAAAGAUUGAAUAGGUUACCUGUUUACAAGAGGAUUGCCAUUAAAAAUUAGUCAAAGAAGAGAUCCAUCUGGUGAGUAAUGAGUUACUCCCUUAAAUUGAUAUUGAACCCUAUAAUGAACCGAUAUGCACAAAAUGUAAAUUGCCAUAAGUGGCACACAAAUUUAAAUUGUUUUCCAAUGCCUGUGACAAUGCAGAGUUCACAAUCCUGAGUGCUUGUGUUAAGCAUGACGAAGAAGGCAACCAACUUCAGAGAUGUCCUUAAUGUGGGAUAUGGGUGCAAAAAUCUAAAGGAUGUAACUCUGUCUUAUGUUCAUUAGCUAUUGUAAAUAUAAUUGGUGUUGGUUAUGCAGAAGAUAAUGUGAUAGCAAUCACUACGUGUUUUUCAAUCCUACUGGUUGUCCAGGUUUGGGGGCUGAAGAAUUUACAAUUGAAUAAUAUCCCUGUGAUUCUCAUAUAUUUCCUUUUGAUUUUGCUCUGUAUAAUAGUCUAUCCUUUUUUCGUUGCGUAAGUAGUUAUAAGAAGAAUGAAAAUUGACACCCAAGGAAACAUAUGUUACCGCGUUUCCGUCUAUAUAGGCAUAGCAAUUUUAUUUUUAGUGCUCUCGUGUCUGGCUAUCUUUCCAGGUAUCAUCAUUUUCAUAGUUUCAUAACAAGCAAGAUUAUCAGUGUUUGCUAGAUGA